AAUGGAGACUGUAAGUUAGCGAAAAUUCCAGCCAAAUUUCUAUGUUUGGCUGUAUUUAAUUACGAUGGUUUGUGUGGAAGAAUUAUGCUCAAUAUUUAAAAAUUUACAUCCGCACAGGAGAAUAGAACUGAUGUGCGGAUUGCUGCAGUGUUGUGUUCCACUCGAGCUGCGAUUCAUCGGAUCGUAUGUGGAAAACCUUGGACGAAGAGACUUUCACUAUCUACGAGAAUACGAACUGAAAGCAAAUAGCUGUCCAGAAAUCAACAAGCUGUUUGAAGCCAGUGAAGAUGUCAUUCGUCGCAAGUUGGCUGUUUAUUUAUCACUGCUGCAUACAUCGAAUUCUACUUGUUCCAAACUCUGUUUUGAUCUCCUGAUAUCGUUGAACACAUAUUUGAUACCAACAUAUGCUUCGCCAUGUAAAAAAGCAAGCCUUGAUGUGAUGUUAGAGUUGUUGACAGUUCUUGUCAUGGGAAUUAAUCACCCUGCCUUCACAUUUGAACAGCGAAUUCGUCUGUUUGAGAUAUACAGCUGGCUGAAAGCUAGAGCUGAACGCUUACCUCCGAUGUCAAUGGACAAGGACAAUCCGCCUAGGGCCGAUCCAGUUUAUGCUUAUGUCUCACCACCAGAGUCUGUGUUUACCUCCCCUGAUGAGACCAUGUUGUACCGGGGUCACAUGGAGACCCUGAUAGCUCCAGUGGACCCAGUGUGUAACCCCUCUGUCCUGCCUGUCCUGUCUAGGGAACCCCAGUUGGAAGUAGGGGACGCGGUACAUGUGCACCCCCAAAUAGACCCCACCUUAAGCCCACCUAGUGGUUCUUGUAUGAAUUCCCCAAAUGAACCUCUCCAUGUGCUGCAUUCUCCAGACAGGUCAGGGUUGAACACCACACUGGACGGCAGCUGGCCCAUAGUGGAGGUCGGUCAAUCACCCAGUCAAUCAGAUAAUCCGCUUCCUUACCAACUGCCAGAGAAAGUGUUCAUCAGGAGGGUAGAGGUGAAGGGUUCAAGGCGGACGGAUAGGAAGCAAGAGUUCAGAUUGGAGGUCACCUGGUCCAAUGGAGAGACAUGUGAUGUGUACAAGUCAUAUCAGGACUUGUAUGAAUUUCACAGGAAGCUUGUCCAGCUCUUCCCAGAGGAUGCCAGUGUCCACAGACAGGACCGAAGACUUCCGUUUUUAUCAGGCAAUUCCCACAGCAGUUCAAGGGAGGAUAAGAUAGACCAGACAUCCCAGACCAUAACGAAUUAUUUCAGGAAGCUGGUCUUGUUACAACAUGACAUCCUUGGUUGUGAUCAUGUGAUCCAGUUCUUCCGGGACCAUCCUGCCUCAUGUCUGACCGCACCCUCUGAGCCCUUGUACAAGGAUGCUGGGCUCCCCACAAGCAUGUCCCACAGUGAGCCUCAGGUGACAGGCAGUCACCAUCUACACACAGUCAUCGUUAGCCCCAGGCUAUCUCCACCCACUGAGAUAUCUGUUUCUAGUCCUUUGUCACACACCAAUCCACGUCCUUUAGAGCCACAAAAGAGUUCCCCAGUGUCAGCCCAGAAGAGCCCUAACCGCUCUGCUACAGGUGUUCCCUCACCAAGAUCGCCACAAAUGAACCAGAGGCAAACCAGUCAUUCCCCAUCAAGUCUACACCAGUCAGUUCAAACCAGCCGGUCUCCUUCAAGUGAAUCAGUGCUACCUAGUCGUGUCCCAUUGUCACCACCAUUAAGCCCAAACCCUUCAAUGCCAACCAGUCUCUCGGGCCCAUUAUCACCACAGAUGAGUCCAAACCAGUCAAUGCAAAAGGAUAGUGUCCCAGUAUCACCCCAGAUGAGCCCAAAAGCACCAUUUCACAGUAGCCGGUCCCCUUCCCCAAAGGACCAUGAGAGGUUACCCACUGUACAGCAGUUGCUAAAAGAUCUCCAACUCUCCCACCAUGUGGACAGCUUCAGCAAGUACACAACAAGCCAGCUGCUGAAUUUUAAAGAUGAUGAUUUUAAAGAUUUUAACUUAUCCAGUCAUGCCCAAAAACGUCUUAGAACCAAAUUGGAGCAACUGAGCAGGUCUUCCAAGUUGCCUAAUGGCGUUACAGCACGGGGUGUGGUGCAGUGUAAUCUUGGUGGAGAUGCAGGAGUUAUGCCCCAUGACUCGAGUGAACAGGCUCUGCUGCCUGCCAUGCUCUACACUAGUAAGGCUUGUAUAGGUCAGCUCACAGGAACUGAUGUGGGCAAUAGUGCUUUCAACUCUUCGUCAAAGGCUAGUCCUAACCAAACACAUACGUGCAAAACCACAGUGCUUUCAAAGAAACCUGACCCUGAAGCCUGUUCAAAGGCUGAGAAGCCAUCUAACAGAGUUGACCUACAGAACACAGACAGUGUGGAUACUGACACUGCAGCUGCUGUUGACCUGGACAUCUGUGAUAGACCAGACUUUGAGCCAGCAGAUAGCUCCAAGUUUGAGCCAUCAGCUCAGCAGGAUCAAAGAAGACUCCUGGGCUCAAGUCAUGUUCAGGCUUUGGGUCACUCCAAGCCAGGAUCUGGCCCACCGCAUGAACAAGAGGAUGCACUGGAGCAGGAGAACCUCCCCAACCCUGCCAUUCUAACACCAGACCCUGGCAGUGUGUCCAAUGCAGCACCUGCUGACAUCUCCCACAUGUACCAGAGUGGCUAUGUCUCUGACCCCACACACUCUUACGCGCCGCGCCCUGCUUUUCCUCGCCUGUUCCCCCCGAUGUACCCAGUGGGCCCGCCUCAGCCUGCCCACCUGCCUAUCCACAUGUACCACAAAGUCGCUCCCGAUCAGAUUCCCACAAAGAUGAGCGGUCAGUACAUGCAGAGCUUUGUGCAGCCACCUCAUUCUAGGUCUGACACACCUCUUUCCAACACUGUUAUGACGGUAACUGUAAACUCUCUGGCCUUCAAUAACCCGGCAGAUUGUCCAGGACAUCCUCAUCACACCACCUCGUCCCCAGCCACGAUCACUUCCGCCAGUAACCUGAACAGGACCGUGCCUGUAGGCAAUCCGGUCACCCCUCGCUUCGCCAUGUCAUCUUCCAUGAACUCUGCAAUUCCGUUCUCCUCAAUCACACCAAUGGGCCCUCCACACGUGCACAGAAAGGCUGUAAGUGCUCAAAACAGUAAUGGCGAUCCCGGGAUGUCGUCACCAGCGACUAGUGUGGAGGGAGUGAACUAUGUUACAGCCCAGCAGAGCAGCGCAUCUGUCGGCAACACAUCACCCUUCUCCCCUUCCGCCAUUCAGGCUCCUGGCAUGGGCAUGCACUCGGCCUGCUCCUCGUGUGGCUGUAGAGGGCGCUGCCAAGUCGCCGCUAGCUACUCAGCUGCAUACGGAGGCUAUGUCCACACUCAACUAAACAUGCCUCCUUUGGUACACAUCCCAACUUUCUUACCACCAAACUCCAAUGGUAUUCUGCCCAGUCCAUGUCUACCCCCAAACUGCCCUAUUCCUUUCCACAACAACCCUUUACAGAGUGUGCCCAAUGGGAUCAUUCCUGAACAGUUCUCCUACCAUAUGUCACACGCUGCCAAUCAUGCACCGAAUCUCUGGAACAGCAUGUUGUAUGGCUAUAGCUCUCAAGGGAAUAACUCUGCACUAAGGGAAAACAAAGCUAAGCUGACGUGCUACAACUGUGGAGGUGCUGGACACGAGGCCCACGACUGCAGAGACACCAGCAUGGAGUCCGCAUCAGGUCAAUACUCCCUUAAUUUCAAGCCGGAUUUCCCAGAAUGAAAUUCACUCCGCGGACACUGACACACAGAGAUUGUUGUACAGAUUCUAAAAUAUAUGAGUGUUUUAAUUGAGAAUGUUUUUAGUUAUAUUUUAAGGUAUUUCUGUAAUGUCGGAUUAUAUUCAAUGAAUUUGACUUUGUAAAUAAAUGUUUUAACACCCUGCCUGUCUUGACCGUGUUGAGCCCCUAGUAUUUGUACAUGGCCAUACAUACAUUCUUGUAUUUACAUUGUACCGUAUAUUCUCAAUAAUUUCAGAAGCAUGUUUAGAAAAUGUAUGCAUGUAACAUGAUGUUGUGCAGUGGCUGUUGUUUUAAAUCGUACACUCUCUGUGAAGAGUAUGGGAUUACCGUCAGUAAAUCAAUGACAGUAGCUCACAUCUCGCUCACACCUCCGUCAUCUUCAUCAGCUUGGCAAGACGGGGAGAGACGCUCUGCCUGGUUUGAAUAUAUUUAACUUUUUGUGUGAUUGGACGGCUAGUUUUCAAUCAUGCCAAUGCUGUUUAAAACUCUGGACACAUUGAUAGACCUAUAUAAACUGCAAAAUAGCAGGAAAAACAGGCGUUUCCGAAAUUUUAGCUUGUAACACGUGGGUACAUGCAUUUGUGACAUGCAACUGGCUACAUUCGCUGUAUGCAACUGAACGUCAGCCUAUAGAAUCUCUCGCUGGAUAUACAUGACAUGUUGUCAAAACAUGUGGUUCUCGAAAUAUGAAAGCUAAUUAUUAGUCGCUCAUAACAACUAGUGGCAUUUACAGCUAUUUGAAAAAAUUAAGUUUAUUUUAAACACUGUUGUGCAAACCGGCAAGCAGUAAACUGGAGAAACAAUGACAACAGCGACUUGACUUGAUACAAACUUGACUUUUCUAAAAGAAAAUUGAAGUUUGGCACAGGUUGACAUAUAUGUACACAGCAACUUAUUUCACAAUAUUUCCGAGCCCAUAAUAUCGGCGUUGAUAUUUUGUGCGAUAUACUUUGUUAUGUAGGCCUACGUCGUAAACGGACACACGUGUUUCCAGGCAUACCAGACACUCGGUGUUGAAUACUGUAUUGUGUAAUGCGUUUUUGUCCAAAUUCGAGGAAAUCUUGGCUUGGAAUCUAAUUAAAAACACCAAUGUUAAUAUUUCAUGUCCAUUCUUGGGACUCUUGAAGUGGCCAGAGGCGUCUGAUGAUGGCUCCUGCUGAUCAAGCUCUGUUUAAAAGCUUUUAUUGCCUUAUUUAAGAUAGACCUGGUUCAAAACUUGUUUGACAGUAGGUGAUCGUUCAUUCAUUAGCCAUUUUAUGUACCUGUAAGCCCGCCGAUGAUUUGGGAAAGUUCCUUGAAAAUAUAUUAUCAACCGGAUACAUACCAGGUGUGAAUUUCUGUAAUAAUCAUGCUUUUUUGUUGUGAGUUUAUUAUCUGGUAGUAAUUUCGAUGUAUAUUCACAAUGCAUAUUUUGUCUCACUAACGUUCAGCUGAGGAGUUUGUCAACAUAUUUCAGUUUCAGUGAAGUCUAAAUGAACUCUCUGAGGUUUCCGAGGGACGGGUGUUCAUGUAUCUGGUAAUGUAUUUACUGAGGCGAUGUCACACUGUGCAUCAUUCAUAACUUUUGGGCACCUUUAGAGUGAUUAGUAGAUAAGUACACACGGGAAUUUGACAAUUCUUCUCUUUAACUUAGACAUUUAUUAGGACACUACACAAAUGAUAUGCAUGAAUUUGAAGCCCCGAGGGCUUUGAAGGCAUUUGUAUGAUAAACUUUAAGGCCCGGUGUUGCUAAUUUAGUGACAUACACUUGAAGGUACAUGUACUACUAACUUACCCUUAUAAUGCCCGCGGAAAUAUGUUACAAACUAUUUCUAAAAUUAAUCUAACAAGAGUGUAGUCCCCCCACGCACGCACACUUACACACUUCCUCAUUAAAACUCAGCUGUCAGAUUUAUCUCAUGUUCCCGCCAAAGUAGACACGUGAUCUGUAAUAUGUGGAAAAUCUGCCCUCAAAUCGGACGCAAUAUUUAUUCGUGAUAGGUGUUUAUCCACAUACGCAAGACAGCAUUUUAAGUUCAGUUCUCAAACGGCAAUCAUCCAUAUUCUAUUCUUGUAUAGGCCUCAUACACGAGUGGGAAGGAAGACAAGCGGUCGGUAGAUUAAAGACAAUCCUGUGGAUAUAAUGCCUAAUGCAGUGAGGUGUUGAAUGCGUCCCUGUAAAUAAAGCCACAUUGGUUAGCGUAGUUUGUAGAACACAACCCCGAAAACGGCAACGUAAGUGUUUUGGGAAGGGAAAUUGCAAAGAUUUAAUUCACUAGAUAGAUGUUCCAGUAUCAAUAUUUUUAUCUCUUUCUUUAUUCAAACAAGCGGGCAUACAAGCCGCCUUGUAAAGCUCUCAGAAAAGGCUGGCUUUAUAGGCCAGGGUAGGCCUGUAUACUCAAGCUGGCACGCCUAUGUCACUAGCGGCGAGCGCUUCGCGGGAAACUUCUCUGAUCUACCCGCUUACUUUCAACAUCUCAGUUAACGAGUAUCGAUAAAUAUUGAAAAGAUACCGUAUUUCUAAAGGAGGUAAGUUUUAGUAGUGGCAUGCAUAACCUUGUAUAUCUGGAUGGUAUCUGUAUGUACUGUAAAUCUUCAACCUUUUUAGUGGAAUUUAUG